AUGUCGAAGAAAGGAGGACGAGCGAAGAAAGCGGCGGGCGGCGGCGAGCUGUCCCGCUUCCUGGAGUCGCAUCUCCAGGCCAUCAGCGACACCUUCCAGAUGAUGGCGGAGUCGGCUCCGGGGAGCUUGGAGCGGACGGAGUGGUAUGAGGUCGUUAAGCUCGGCGACCAAGUCUCCAGGCAGGCUACCGUCGCUGGAAUGCUCUGGAGCGGUGACUUGCCUGAUGUAGAGACCCUCAAGGAGAACAUCGUUGCUUAUUUCAACAUCCUACAGGGAUUUCUUUUGGUUUGCCAUGGAAGCAUGGUUGGUGCUGGGCCUACUCUUCACAAAUCCAUCUGUGGUUCUGCAAAGAACGUGGUUGACUCCAGUUUCUCGUUGUUCAAGCAUGCUGUUUCUGCUUAUGAAUCUCGCAGCCCUGACCGCAACACAACUAUACCCCAGGUUACAGGAACUGUAUGGGAAGCUUGUGCUGCUCUCAAGAAGGUGCCUACAUCAAACUGUAUUGCCAUAGGACGAGCUAUGACCAAGAUAGGCGUGUAUCUGAAAGAUGUUCUCCGGGAAAUGAAUGAGCUCCCUAUUGGUGAUUCUGGUCAUAGUACUGAUGAGAAGUCUUCCAAUGCUGUUGUUGACACAGCAAGUUGUUCUGAUAGAGAGGAGAUAUCUGAUCUUGAUCUAGAUGAUGAUGGUGAUGAUGAUUUCACUGAAGAAGAGGUUGCUGUUGCCAAGUUGGUUAUUACUGUGACAUCUGAUUCCCUGGUUGUAGUGAAAGAGGCAAUUCGUUUCAUUACUGGUUUGCUCAAGAGCUCUGGUAACAAAGAUGUUGCUAAUGAGGACAAAGUUGAGCCAAUGGAAAAAUUGUUGAGCCAUUGCAAGGAGAUUGCCGACCAGGUCAAUGAUCUUGGGGCUUCUGUGUACCCACCACAAGACUCAUCUGAGAUGAAGCUCGCUAUAAAAAGACUGUACAAUGGCAUCAACGGGAUGCGCAAGGAAAUAGGGAACCUUGGCGGCUCACCUGAGAGCACCUUUGCAGCCCUUGAAGGAUUUGAAAAGUGCCUUGGAUCUCUACAGGCCAAGUUAGCUGAUGAUGUGGUGAACGAGAUGGAAAAUCUUAAUAUUAGCCAUUAG